AUGUAUGUACGCAGCGCACUCUUCUCCCUGGCUGCUCUUGCGGCGGCCAAGGAGAUGCCAAAGGAUGAAAUCAAGGCGGCAGAGUUGUACGACUCUGGCAUCAGGCACGCGAACAACAUGGCUCUGAAGAAGGAAUCAUGGGCAAGGCAGGAAGCCAUGGGUGCCUACAACUCGGCACAGUACCCGGAGAUCAAGGACAAGGUCGAGUGCAUCAAUGGCACUGCUACUGCGGGAGCCGAUGUGUUCAAAUGCAGCAACAUCGAUCUUCUCCAUUUUCUACCUCAUGACAAGCUAGGAAGCACCCGUGGUGUAGGAUCUUCUUCUUGGGGAUGGACUUCUGACGAUGGUCGCGAGUUUGUUUGCAUCGGCCAACAAGACGGGGCUGCCUUCGCCGAGAUCACCAAAGCAGGAAAAUUGUCGUACCUCGGACGCCUUCCUGCAUAUUCAACGCCUAGCACUUGGCGGGAGAUCCGUGGUCAGAAAAACCUCAUGAUCAUUGGUAGCGAGGCGGAGAAACAUGGUAUCCAGAUUUUCGACAUGAAGAAGCUCCUCACUGUUGACCCUGCCAAGCCAGUGAUCUUCAGCAACUCAAAAGAUCUGACGGGUCACUACAAUGGUCUUCCUACGGGCCGCGCGCACAAUGUUGUGACCAAUCCAGAGACUAACUUCAUCUAUGCGGUUGGUGCGAUGCCCAGAAACGACAAGUGCAGAUCUGGCAUCAUCUUCAUUGAUAUUUCCAAUCCUGCAAAGCCAACGAGUCCAGGAUGUGCCUCGCAAGACGGAUACGUGCACGAUGCUCAGUGCCUUAUCUACCGCGGACCCGACAAGGCGUUUGUUGGCCGUGAGAUCUGUUACGGUUACAAUGAAGACUCUCUGACCAUCUAUGAUGUCACGGACAAGAAGGCUCCUGUUAUCUUGUCCAACACAUCGUACGAAGGUGCUGCAUACACCCACCAAGGACAAGUUCUGGACCCCAACAACCAACAGUACUUACUGCUCGACGACGAGUACGACGAAUAUGACAAGGUUGGACCUGGCAUCCCUGGUAACCCCAUCACCUACAUCUGGGACAUAUCCUCUCUGAGGAAGCCAAGGCAGACUGGACUGUACAAGAGUCCGGCCAAGGGUAUCGAUCACAACCAGUAUGUCGCGAACGGGUAUGCGUACCAAAGCAACUACGGUACCGGAUUCCGUGUGCUGGACGUUCGAUCAAUUCCAAGCGACCCCACGGGCAAGGGUGUCAAGGAAGUUGGUUUCUUUGACAUCUACCCCGAGGAUGACAACAUGCCCGGAGGCGGCUCGGUCGACUUUGUCGGUUCGUGGUCGAGUUAUGCACUUUUCAAGAGUGGCCACAUUCUCGUGAACACGAUGGAGCGAGGCGCUUUCGUUGUCAAGUUCAAGGCGGGCUAUCCCAAAUAA